CGCAUCUGCUCAUCCUGCGACCCCCGGGCCUGUCCUCUCGGCUUGAUCGCAUCGUCCACAAACAAACCCGCCUCUGAGUGCACAACAUCCGCCCAGCUUCUCAUCGCAUCAAGUUAGCGCCGCAAUGUCGCCUCCCUCGGAUACCUCCAAGGCUGCCCCCAUCACGGGCAUCCGCUUUGCCCUGAUUUUCGUCGGCCUGGCACUGUCCAUCUUCUUGGCUGCCCUGGACCAGACCAUUGUCGCCACUGCCAUUCCCAAGAUCGGACUGGAGUUUCAGGAUUUUGAGCGUGUCCCGUGGAUCGGCACAGCCUUCCUCCUCACCACCGCCGCCUUCUCGCCCAUCUACGGCAAGCUUGCCGACAUCUUUGGCCGCAAGAUGACCUUCAUGUUUGCCAUCACCACCUUUGAAGUUGGAAGUGCCAUCUGUGGCGCGGCAGUGUCAAUGGACAUGCUGAUCAUCGGACGUGCCGUUGCCGGUGUUGGCGGCGGUGGCAUCUUCAGCUUGGUCCUGAUUAUCAUUGCUGAUCUCGUCGAGUUCAAGGACCGCGGCAAGUUCCAGGGCAUCAUCGGCGCCUGCUUCGGCUUGGCUUCAGUCGUUGGUCCGCUUGUUGGUGGUGCUUUCACCGACCAUCUCUCGUGGCGAUGGUGCUUCUACAUCAACCUUCCCCUCGGCUUCGUCACCAUCAUUGUUGUUCUCCUCUUCCUCAACAUGCCCGCAUCGCUCGGCUCUGUUCGCGAGAAGAUCAAGCGUAUUGACUUCCUCGGCUCCGUCGUGCUCAUCGGCGCCGUUGUCUGCAUCCUGCUGCCCGUGCAGUCUGGCGGAACCGAGUGGGCCUGGAAUGCCCCGCAAACCAUCGCUCUCUUCAUUGUUGGCGGUGUCCUGGCGAUCGCGUUCGUUCUGAUUGAGCUCAAGUUUGCCGCCGAGCCUAUCAUCCCGGCCAGUGUCUUCAUGAACAGAAGCGUUCCCAUCAUCAUCCUGAUGUCGGCCCUGCUCGGCGCGGCCUUCAUCUCGUUGAGUUUCUACAUUCCGGUGUUCUUCCAAAUCGUGUACGGCCAGACCGCCACCCAGGCCGGCAUUGCUCAGAUCCCGCUUGUGCUUUGUGUCGUCUUCUGCAGUAUUGCUAGUGGCCUCAUUGUGUCCCGAACGGGCACAUACACCGUCUUCUACUACGUCGGCUUCGUCCUCCUUGGCGUUGGCGCCUAUCUGGUGUCUCUCUUUGACGAAAGCUCCGGCUCGGGCCCCCGCAUCGGCUUCCUGGUCGUCUGUGGCUGCGGCAUUGGUCUCGUCAUCCAGAUGCGCAUCAUCGGUGUUCAAGCCAGUGUGGAUCGUGCCCACAUUGCUGUUGCCACGGCUCUGACCAACUUUGGACAGACCUUGGGAGGAUGCCUCGGUCUCGCCAUCAUCGGCGCUAUCUUCAACAACCAGAUGAGAUCAGGUCUGACUGCCGCGUCGCUGCCCCAGGCUCUCGUCGACACUGUGGUGCAGUCGCCCACGGCCAUCUACCAGAUCCCUGGUCUUCCUGCCAGCACCAUCGCCACGAUCGUCCAUGUCUUUGUCGAGGCCGACUCGUAUGCGAUGAGGUGUGUCAUUCCCUUUGCCGGCCUGGCUUUCCUUCUGUCUCUCGGCGUCAAGCAGUACCGCCAGGAAUUCAAGGCCAAGCCCGAUGCCGUCAAGGACGACACCGUCAUCAUUGCUGAGGCAUAAACUAAACUGCCUCUGGCUUACUGCCAUCAUCGACUCGGCGGCGCCCGCCUACUCGAUUUGUGCAUCUGCUUCUAUGGCCUGGCUGUGAACUGCAUCUGAGCAGCGACAGUCUGCACCGCCAUCCACUCCGCUCUGCUCCUUGCAGGGCAGUUUUCCUUUGCAUCGACAUGCUCAUCAUCAUGCUCAUCACCAUCGCCUUCACCAUCACCAUCGCCAUCACCAUCACCGUCUGCACAACCGCCGCGUUCUAGCCGCAGACAUCCCAGGCAACUGUGCCCCUCCGCCACCACACCUGUCCUUCAUUUCGAGCCUACUCCGAGUUUUGUACAUGUCUGCUGUCCACGCAUAUCUACCCCUGUGCGGGUCUCGCCAUCUAUCGUUGCCGACCGUCGCACCAAUAUACAACUUGCUCCAGU